AUGAAUAAAACUUUAGUCAUACAGUGGAUCCCUUCACAUAUUGGUAUCGAAGGCAAUGAGAACGCAGAUUAUCUGGCAAAAAACGGAAAAACUAUGCCCCAAGAAAUAACAACCGUCACACCUGAUACUCUUAAAAAAUAUGUUAUGAAAAAACUCAACGAAAUAAAUACUUAUGAUUUAACUAUAAAGUCAAAAGGCAAAAUAUGGGAAAAUAUUCAAGAAAGAUGGAAAUUUCUCUGUUACCAACCACGUAAGGAAGCAGUAACCCAUUUUCGGCUUAAAACAGGCCACGAUUGCUUAUCAGAACACUUAUAUAACAUUAAAAUUCUUCCCAGCAAAGCAUGCCCAAUUUGUGACACAGGUGUAUUAAACUCUGAUCACCUCUUAUUGUGUAAGGGAUUAGAUAGGAACUCCCAGAAAAGUGGGAAUGUCACUAAAUUGUAUUGGGAAGCAAGAAAUCUCAUGAAUUGUCAAUAA